CUGUGGUCGCGUGACGUCAUUUCCGGCGACGCUCUGGCGCUUCCGGCGUGACUCGUUGGUUCCGGCGAGCGGCGAGCGCGGCUGAAAGUGACUUUGAGGAUUGGUUAAUUAGCCAUGGCUGAGGACAUCAAGGCCAAGCUGGGCCGGUACAAGACGGCGCCGUUCGACAGCCGGUUCCCCAACCAGAACCAGACCAGGAACUGCUGGCAGAACUACCUGGAUUUCCAGCGGUGCCAGCGCUCUCUCUCCUCCCGCGGUGCCGAUGUCACCCCCUGCCAGUGGUAUUUCCGCGUCUACAAGUCCCUGUGCCCGACCUCAUGGGUGACAGCGUGGGACGAGGCCCGUGAGGAGGGGACCUUCCCCGGCAAGAUCUGAGCGCCACCCCCCGGUGACGUCAUCGGUGACGUCAUCGGUGACAUCAUCAACGGCACCGCGCCUGGGGGAGGUGGCACCGCCCGCGGCGGGGAGGGGACACGGCUGUCACCCCACCCCGGGGAGGGGACCCGCGGUGACAGCGCCAAUAAAGGGUUAAAAACUGG